CCGGCCACCGGGUGGUGGUUCGCUUCCGGGUUGGCCGAGCUUCGAAAGCGACUCCCCUCCCCCCUACUCCUCCUCUUCUCCUCCUCCUCCUCUUCCCCCUCGCCGAGAACCCAGUCCACACAGCCUCCUCCUAUCGCCCCCGUCAAGGAAAGGCUUCUCCCUUUCCUCCUCCGUCCGGAUUGUAGCAUCUGCGGCUCCGCCUGCGGGAGGCCAGCUAGGAUAAAACCUUACUGAGGACAAUGGCGGGUGGCGGCACUCAGCAGAGCCUCAGGAAGUACCUUGGAGCCCUCAAGGACACAACAACAGUGAGCCUAGCGAAAGUGAACAGUGAUUAUAAGGAACUGGACAUUGCAAUUGUGAAGGCCACAAACCAUAGCGAGCGUCCAUCAAGGGAGAAGUACAUAAGAGAAAUUUUCCAUUCCAUUUCUGCUGCAAGGCCACGGGCAGAUGUAGCUUACUGCAUCCAUGCCCUUGCAAGGCGUCUUUCCAAGACACGGAAUUGGGCGGUUGCACUGAAGACAUUAAUUGUCAUACACCGUGCCCUUCGAGAAGUUGAUCCCACAUUUCGUGAAGAGCUUAUUAAUUAUGGCAGAUCUAGGUCACACAUGCUAAACAUGGCCUACUUUAAAGACGAUUCUAGUGCAGGAGCUUGGGAUUAUUCUGCAUGGGUACGCACUUAUGCUUUAUAUUUAGAAGAGAGACUUGAAUGUUUCCGAGUGCUGAAGUAUGAUGUGGAGUCAGAUCCUCCGAGGACUCGGGAACUUGAUACUGUUGGUGUGCUUGACCAUCUGCCACCACUGCAGCAACUUCUUUUUCGGCUGCUUGCUUGCCAGCCACAAGGUGCAUCAUCUUAUAAUAUUAUAAUCCAGCACGCGCUUUCAAUGGUUGCUUUGGAGAGUGUUAAGAUUUACACAGCCAUCAGUGAUGGCACAAUCAAUCUUGUUGACAAGUUCUUUGAGAUGCAAAGAAAUGAUGCUGUUAGGGCACUUGAUAUAUAUAAAAGAGCAACUAACCAGUCUGAGAGACUAUCGGAAUUUUAUGAAGUGUGUAAAACAAUACACGUUGGACGUGGUGAGAAGUUCUUAAAAAUCGAACAGCCUCCGGCAUCAUUUUUGCAAACUAUGGAGGAAUAUGUGAGAGAUGCUCCCGCAAUGAAAGAUAAGGCCGUACUGGCUAUAGAAUACAAAAAAGAGCCAGAGGAGGAAGUAAAGCUAUCUUCACCUCCUCCUGCUUCGGAACCUGAAGUAGAACAAGAGCCAGAGCCAGAACCCGAGCCUGAACCAGUAAUAGAGGAAGCACCUGCGGCUGAACCAACAGAUUUGCUGGGUCUGAAUGAAACAAACCCUUCUGUAGCCGAACUAGAUGAGAAGAACGCACUAGCACUGGCAAUUGUUCCAAUCGAUGAUGCGCCCAGGUCUGCUCCUGCUUUUCCUGAAAAUGGAGUCACAGGCUGGGAACUGGCCCUUGUUACCGCACCCAGUUCGAAUGAAACUGCUGUCACUUCGGGCAAAAAUCUGGCUGGUGGACUGGACUUACUCACCCUUGACAGUCUAUACGAUGAUGCGAACCGACGAGCGAGCCAGCCCACAAGCUACAACCCCUGGGAGGUUCCCGGUGCCGCGCCGGCCCCGAUGAUGCAACAGCCAAUGGCAAUGCACGACCCGUUCUACGGCUCAAGUGGGUACGCAGCACCACACGCGGUACAGAUGGCCGCCAUGGCCCAGCAGCAGCAGGCCUUCAUGCUCCAGCAGCAGAUGAUGAUGGCCAGCCACCACCACCCUCAGCUCUACCACCAGCAACAGCAACAACAACACCAGACCCAGGCCGCCCCAGCGAACCCAUUCGGUGCCAACCCAUUCGCGCCUGCUGGCGGCGCCGGGAUGAUGCCCCUCCACGCUGGCCCCAGCAACGGGUACACCGGGCUGAUCUAGUUGGCUAGCGAGCCCCCAGUGGCUCACAAAUCAACCUUUGUUUCUGCUCUGCCCACGUUCAUUUUUCUUGGCUGCCAUUGUUGAUGGCUUUGUAGCACAGUUACUAGGAGGAGAAAGGGAGCCAGUGAUGGCCAGUUCGUCAGGAGUGAGGAGUAUAGCUGUUGGUUGGAUCCGGGUAGGCGCAUUGUGUAUUUGUAUAUGGCGAUUUUCGUUUGUGCAGGUGAGUUGGGGUAUUAUAUUGUGUGUAUACACGUCUGGGAGAUUGGAUUAUUCGUGGACAUGCAUUUGGGGGAACAAUAAUGUGACGAUUCUUUGUAGUGUAAUGGAACAACUGUGCUGGUCUAAGUGGUCUUCUUCUGCGACACCCGUGUUGAUACGUGAGAACAACAGCGGCUGUUUUGCUCUCAAUCAAAACAAAUUUUUUC